GUGUCAAAGUGAGCCAGUGUGGAGCGCAAGGCAUCGUGCAUGCCACCAUGGGACUGUGCUGCUCCGAGAAAGCGAGAAAGAUUGGUAUGAUGAAAGGCUGGGCUGAGUUCAAGCGGAUGUUGAACCGUGAGCUCACACACCUGUCGGAAAUGAGCCGCUCUGGGAACCAAGUGUCCGAGUACAUCUCCAACACGUUCUUAGACAAGCAGAACGAGCUGGAGAUCCUGUCGCCUCCUCCGAAGUCUCGGGAGAGGAAGAGGAAGCAGCAACAACAGCUGCUCAUGACUCAGAUCAGCGGAAUGAGGAAGGUCACACAUGGACCAGGCAUCUCCAGCAGCGUGGCCCGAUUUGGAGUCAAGACCGACCUUGAAGACCUGCUUGCAACGGACUUGGAGAACAUCAACAAGUGGGGGUUGAACAUCUUCAGGAUUGCAGAGCAUUCCCAUCAACGCCCACUUACCUGCGUCAUGUACGCCAUCUUCCAGGAAAGAGAUUUGAUGAAAACCUUCAAGAUCCCAAUGGACACCUUUGUGACCUACAUGAUGACCCUGGAGGACCACUACCACUCGGACAUGGCCUACCACAACAGCCUGCAUGCUGCUGACGUGGCCCAGUCCAUGCACAUCCUCCUGUCCACCCCUGCUCUGGAGGCCGUCUUCACAGACUUGGAGAUUCUGGCAGCCAUCUUUGCGGCAGCGAUCCAUGACGUGGACCACCCGGGGGUCUCGAACCAGUUCCUGAUUAAUACCAACUCGGAACUGGCGCUCAUGUACAAUGACGAAUCCGUUCUCGAGAACCAUCACCUGGCCGUAGGGUUUAAGCUGCUCCAAGGGGAAAACUGCGACAUCUUCCAGAACCUGUCGAAGAAACAACGGCAGAACCUUCGCAGAAUGGUCAUCGACAUGGUGCUUGCGACAGAUAUGUCCAAACACAUGAGCUUGCUGGCGGAUCUAAAGACCAUGGUGGAGACCAAGAAGGUGACAAGUUCAGGAGUGUUACUGCUGGACCACUACACCGACAGGAUACAGGUCCUGCGUAAUAUGGUCCACUGUGCCGAUCUCAGUAACCCCACCAAGCCUUUGGACCUUUACCGACAGUGGACAGACCGCAUCAUGGACGAGUUCUUCCACCAGGGUGACCGGGAGAGAGAGCGCGGCAUGGAGAUCAGCCCCAUGUGCGACAAGCACACCGCUUCUGUGGAGAAAUCCCAGGUGGGAUUCAUCGACUACAUCGUACACCCUCUGUGGGAGACAUGGGCGGAUCUGGUGCACCCGGACGCCCAGGACAUCCUGGACACUCUGGAGCAGAACAGGAACUGGUACCAUAGCAUGAUCCCUCAGAGUCCGUCUCCUCCGUUCUACGAAGCCGGAGGAGACACGUUCCAGUUCGAACUGACUUUGGAAGGUGAAGAUGGGGACAAUAUUCAUCAUGAAGGACGUUCGGAGACGGCCGACAUGGACAUAGCUCCUUCUUCGUCGCCAGCUGAGACGUAGCAGCCCACUACGACGCAUUAAACGGAUAAUCCUUUUAAUGAAGAAGCUGUUUGCGGACUUGAUCGGUCCAGAGGCUCUUUUCGCAGAGCGUGAUCGGAAAGUAACGAUUCCUUGGAGCUGGAGUUUGCAGAACUUGACUAGAAAGUUCUCGUAUGGUUUGCGUACAAGAUUCCAGCACCGAAGCAGAUCCUGAAGCUUAACGUUGGUGCCAGUACAGGAUGCUACGAAGGCGAACUACUGACUGAUGAUCCGUAUGGAUUUAUUUUUUUUGUACCGCUGCGUCAAAGACACAUUUUUUUGGUUGUUGUUUUUUUAAAAACUAAUGUGUAUUUUGUAACGUUUGUUUAUCAUAAACACAGCAGACCCCACGGACACUUUUAAAAUGAAGGAUUUUUUUUCUGACGAAAACACAACCGUGGAGGGGAAGAACUUUCUCCGAGGUGUUUUUUUUAUCAGUGAUUUAUAGAAAAACCUGUACGGUCAUGAAGUACACAUUUUUGUUGAUGAGACAGUAUUGACUGUGUGAAGCUUUUAUUUUAUUUUUGCUAUUUUUUGAGAACACGGUACAUGUUUUUGUAUCAUAAACAGAAGCAAAUGAAGCCACAAUGAACGAAAGCACUUUAAUACCGACACUGAAAUCACUUUAGACGUGAAAAUGACCCGUAACGUAAAACAGUGAUGACGCGUUCCAUCCAAAAUUGAAACUGUCCACGUUUUAAACUGCCACUCAAAGAGAAACUGGCUAAAGCCAUGAUUCAGUGCAGCUGAUUUAAGAAAUGCAGCAUGAUAUUUUACAGGCAUGACGAGCGUCAUUGACGUCAAUGCGCCUCGUUUCUCAGUAUCGUCAUGCACACGCAGGAUGUGGUUAAAAAAAAAAAAAAAAGCUACAUGUUGCGCAUCCUGAAGUCAAGUUUAAAUCUCCUGCAGCGGGUUGGCAUUGUGGUCACAUGCAACACACCUUAAAAAAAAAAAAAAGUCUCCUUAUUUGGAAAAUUGUUUGCAGUUACCUUCGAACACGUUUAAUCCUAUAGCAAUAUCUUUAAAAGAGCUGUUUGUUCUUUGUAGUGUCGAACAAAAUUUGUCACAGACGACAAAAAACAAACAGUUUACUCACUUUUUCUUUCUUUCUUUUUAUAUCAUUGCAGUGCGAAUGAGUUUUUCCUCUCGACUUCCCUGGUGGAAUGUACGUCAUUAUUCCUGACUUUGUGCUCUUGUAUUGUUGUAUUACUUUGUGAAUGUUCUUAUUUUAUUGUGUGCCAGACAAACAAAGCGACCCGCCGUCCCACGCUGUGACAUCACGGUGUACGCGGGCCGCUUACCAAAGAACUGAUUAAACCUGAAAGUUUUGGAAA